AAGCCACCCGAUGGCGCGGAUUUCCCAUUGAAACGAAGGAAGGCUGCCCCCCUUGUGCGCUUGCUCCCCCUAGCGGAGACGCUCUGCACCAGCGACACUCAAAUGGUUUUCCUGCAAAGGACUCGCUUGGCGGCGGCGCUUCCCUAUAGGCUCUGCAUCCCUUUCCUUUCCCGCCUCCGCUACUCGGCAUUGGUAAGCAUGCCUGCCAAUCAUCGUCUCCCGACCACAAUUACGGCAUCCUUUCCUCACAUGGCACGCCCAGCUCCCUUCAAACGCGGAUUGGCUUUCGUGGCUGCCCCUCCGGUGGGAGGGCGGAGAUUCUUCCGCGCAGGCGCGUCUCUUCUCUCGCCGUCUCCUCAGGCGACUGACCGACCGAGGAGCUUCUCGGUGGCGGCAAUUCCCGAGCCCAGCGGACUCCCGACGAGGCGCGGGCCGGCGCCAUGUUCCGGCGGAAGCUGUCGGCGCUCGACUACCACAACCCCGCCGGGUUCAACUGCCGAGAUGAAACGGAAUUCCGAAACUUCAUUGUUUGGCUCGAAGACCAGAAAAUCCGGCACUACAAAAUUGAAGACAGAGGAAAUUUAAGAAACAUUCACAAUGCCACAGAAUGGACAAAUUCCUUUGAAAAGUACCUUAAAGAUGUGAAUUGUCCCUUUUCCGUACAAGAACGACAAGAAACUAUUGACUGGCUUCUGGGAUUAGCAGUGAGGCUGGAGUAUGGGGACAAUGCUGACAAGUAUAAGGAUGCCACGCCAGAGGGGGCUAAAAACGCUGAUAACGCAGCCAAGAAUGCAGAGCCCUUGAUCAACCUGGAUGUGAACAAUCCUGAUUUCAAGGCUGGUGUGAUGGCUUUGGCAAACCUCCUUCAGAUCCAGCGUCACGAUGACUAUUUGAUGAUGCUCAAGGCAAUUCGCAUCUUGGUUCAGGAGCGUCUGACCCAGGAUGCCGUCACAAAGGCAAAUCAGUCCAAAGAGGGUUUGCCUGUUGCUUUAGACAAGCACAUUCUUGGCUUUGACACAGGAGACGCUGUUCUCAACGAAGCGGCUCAGAUCCUCCGACUGCUGCAUAUAGAAGAACUCCGCGAGCUGCAGACAAAAAUCAACGAAGCCAUUGUCGCCGUGCAGGCCAUUAUUGCCGACCCAAAAACUGACCACAGACUGGGCAAGGUUGGGAGAUGAGCGAAGCAAAGCCUUCCGGCUGGGAUGCUACUGGCAGGCCGUUCGGAGACUCCUCCAAACCUAGCAUGCAAUUCGGAAUGGAUAGUGAUCCCAUGUUUGGAAAGAAAACGGGCAGCUGCCAGCACUUCCACUCAAUAGCAUUUUUCUUUACAUAAAUAAAGCUUGGGUUAAAGAGAGACAAACUGUCAUCCUUUUAGUGAGAGGCUGCCCAGAACAACAGUGGCUCUGUUCCCCACACUGAGUUGAGUUUGUUCCCUGGGCCUGCGGCUGCCUCAUGGAGUCAAAUAUUUGUCCUUGCUUUUCCCUCUUUCAUUUCACUGGCUCACGGCACAGUUCCCAACCCGAGAGGUCUAGGCUCCAUCUCAAGUAUGGCUUUACCCACACCUUUCCAUGGCUCUGUCCGUCAUCCCCCCCCCCACCCCCGGCCAAAAAAGUCCAAAAGUAGUUUGCUUUAUUAAACUCGUGGAGUAGCAUAGAAAACAUGAGGAGUUACAGUCAGGUAGUGACGCACUUGUGCGCUCACCCCAUGCUGGAACACUUGUGGGGCACAGAACCUGAACUAGCUCCUAGCUUAUUCUCAUAGAAGUACUAAAUGACAUGCAUUGAGGCAGAAGCGACGAGAAAGGAGCGUUGCACGGAGCUGCUCUCACUUUCUCAAAACAGCUUUGCAUAGCUCCUAAAGACGAACAGGGUACUCUUCUUCUCAAAGCCCAGGUUUUCAUGCUGACAGCAGAAAGUCUUUCCAGACAGUUUCCCGGUUUGAGUCCAGCUGCCCCCCUUUCCCUCCCUUGUUUUGACAUAUCUCUUGUGAGAGUCUCUUGUUUUCCAAUAAAAACAAACAAUUGAGUAAGAA